AUGCUGGCUGCGCGGGGGGCCGGAAAGGCUGGGGCUGGCGUGCGUGCCACCAUGCUGACGCGCGCCGUGAAGAACGUCUGGGCGCUGGACUUCGACGGUGUGCUGUGCGACUCCUGCGGCGAGUCCUCCCUGUCGGCCUGGAAGGCCGCGGAGGCCCUCUGGCCCGAGGUUUUCCUCACCGAGGACGCGCAGGCAAACAAGGACAGGGUCAUCGAGGACAUGCGCGUCGUGCGGCCCGUCGUGGAGACCGGCUACGAGAACAUCGUCCAGGUCAGGUUGCUGCUGGAGGGCAUGAGUGCGCAGGAGAUGCUCGAGAACUGGGGAACGAUGCUGCCUGAGGCCAUGGAGAAGUUCGGCCAGGAGCGCGCGACGCUGGUGGAGCUCUUCGGCAGCACGCGCGACAAGUGGAUCGAGUCCGAUCUACAGGGCUGGUUGGCGCCCAACAGGUUCUACCCGGGCGUCGUCGAGCCCGUCAAGGCGGCCCUCGCGAGCGCGGAGGACGAGGUCUACAUCGUCACGACCAAGCAGGCCCGCUUUACCCUCCAGCUGCUGCGGGAGAUGGCGGGGGUGCAGCUGGAGGACGAGCGCGUGUUUUCGAUGACGGUGUCGGGGCGGCCCAAGGGCGAGGUGCUCGCGAUGCUCGGCGAGCGGCAUCCGGGCGCGGCCCUGCACUUCGUCGAGGACAAGCUGUCGACCCUCGAGAAGGUGUGCAAAGAAGUCGAGGCUGGAGGGUCUCCGUUGGAACCAUGGAAGCUCUAUCUCGUGGACUGGGGCUACAACACGCCGCAGGAGCGCGCCCGCGCCGCCGCCAACCCGCGCAUUGCCACCAUCACCGCGCCAGAGUUCGGAUCACUUAUGACGACGUCAGGGGAGGCGUGA